CCUGCUGAGCUGCUUUACAGUUUCAACUUGUGCCAAUAUCUUUUGGGACUGGUGCUUAGUUUUUAAAAGUCUCAUGAGUAUGUGGCUAGAAUCCAGUGGAUUUUUACAAUGGAAUCACCUACUAUUUCUCCUAAGGUUGUAAACAGCAAAACAAAAUCACAGGGACCUCUGGAAACACAAUGGAUGUACCAGCAUGCUAUACAACAGAAUGCUGGAUGCAAGGGUAUUGAAUCACCAUGCUAUUUGCUGACUGUAAGAAUAAUCCGUAUGCGUAAUCUCCACCAAGAAGAUUUUUUAAGUGAAACAGAUUGUUAUGUGACCUUGUGGCUCCCUACUGCCUCUUCUGAAAAAGUUCAGACAAAAACAGUUUCAAAUUGCAAAGAUCCAGUGUGGAAUGAAGCAUUCUUCUUCAGGAUCCAGAGUCAGGUUAAGAAUGUCUUGGAAUUGACCAUAUGUGAUGAAGAUAUCUUGAAAGAUGACAACUACCGUAUUAUUUUAUUUGACAUAGCUAAAGUUCCUCUUGGGGAAUCAAUCUUCAUGAAAUUUGAAUUGAAUUCCCAGAAACAUGAAGAACUGGAAGUUGAAUUCACACUGGAGAAUAUAGCAGGUCCACCUGAAACAAUAAUUACUAAUGGAGCAAUAAUGUUUCGUCAGCUUUGCUGCAUGGAAAUUUUGAGCACUCAGAAGAAAAGGAAGAAGAAGAAGAAAAAGAAGCGCUCAAAAAAACAUGAUAUCACAUGUACAUUGAAAGGAUCCUUUGAAGAAACCCAAAGCAUUUCAUUAGGCUGUGCCUCCAGCUUGCAUUUCAAUGAGCCUUCCCUCUUCCAUUAUGCCAAGUACAGGCAAGCAGAAUUGGAUGUCCUGCUUCCAAGGAAGAGAUCACUUCCCUUGUUUUGUUCCUGUGUUUCACAUGGAGCAGGUUUAAAUAGGAAGAUGCACUGGGCCUUGCCUGUAAAUUCAUUUCCAAUUGAUCGGGAAGUAUUUAAAGAGGAAAAAGAAUUUAAUUUACACUUCAAAGUAAAGGAUUGCCCACCAUGCCCUGAUGUACGCUUGGGGUUUGACCUCUGCCCAGAAGAACAGGAAUUUCUCACAAAACGGAAAAGGGUGGCAGCGGAUGCUUUUAAGCGCGUUCUCCAGCUUGAGGAAGACCUGCAGGAUGAUGAGGUACCAGUGGUAGCAAUCAUGACCACAGGUGGUGGAUUCAGAGCUCUUACAGCACUUUAUGUCCAUCUGUUGACAAUCCAGAGUCUGGAUGUUUUGGAUUGUAUUUUCUAUCUGACUGGAUUAUCUGGAACAACAUGGACAAUGUCACAUUUGUAUGAAGAUCCUUACUGGUCAUGUAAGAAUUUGGAAGAGGUUCUCAGUGAUGUCCACAAACAAGUGAGAAAAAACAAGUUCCUUGCCAGUUUUUCACCCGAACGCCUGAAGUACUAUGCAAAGGACCUGUGGCAGCGACACCAAGAAGGGCAUAGCAUCUCUUUUACAGACCUCUGGGGACUCCUCAUUGAAUCCAUGCUACGUGAUGGGGAAAAUCCUCAUAAACUCUCAGAUCAGCAGCAAGCUUUGGCACAUGGCCAGAACCCUCUCCCAAUAUAUCUGUGUCUCAAUGUGAAAGAGAAACGAAGUAAUCACGGUUUCAGAGAAUGGAUGGAGUUUACGCCAUAUGAAAUAGGAUUCCAAAAAUAUGGUGCCUACAUUCCUGCUGAAUAUUUUGGCAGUGAAUUUUUCAUGGGUCGUUUGAUGAAGAAAAUUCCUGAAUCACGAAUCUGCUACUUGGAAGGAAUCUGGAGUAGUGUGUUUUCAUUGAGUCUUAUGGAUGUCUGGUUCCUUACUGUGAGUUCAGAAGAUUUUUGGGAAACGUGGACAAGAGAGAGAGUAACUGAGAUUGAUGUAUCCAAUGAGGCAUAUAUUCUACCUACUCGUACAGAAUGUCCUCCAAACAGUCUUGCCAAUGUUUUUCAAGAUAUUAUAAUGUGGCGACCUGCUGUUUCAGUUAUUCCUAAUUUUCUGAAGGGCUGCCCAAUGAACAACAGAUAUCUAGAAAGUGAUUUUUCUAAGUGGAAAGAUUGCGAUCUUGACAAUUUUCCAAACCAGUUGACAGGAUCUGAAGACUACCUCUACCUGGUAGAUACAGCAUUUUCCCUUGAUACCAGCUAUCCACCACUCAUGAGACCAGAGAGAAAAGUCGAUUUAAUUAUACAUUUAAAUUACAGCUCAGGAUCACAGUUACUGCCUCUGUCAAAAGCCUCUGAUUAUUUCUUAAAACAAGGAAUCCCAUUCCCCAAAAAUGUUCCAAGAGAUGAAACAGAAAAACACGUAAAGGAGUGUUAUUUGCUAGGAGAAGAAGAAGGCCCCGAGACUCCUUUAGUGCUGCUUUUCCCUUUGGUUUGUGACACUUUCAGAGAGUACAAAGCGCCUGGUGUGAAACGUAGUCCUGAGGAAAUGAAAGAUGGUGACAUUGAUCUUACCAGUUCUCUUGGUCCUUACAAUGUAUAUACUUUGCGAUAUCCUGAAGAAGAUUUUGAAAAGCUAACUAAACUAACUGAAUACAACAUUCUAAACAACAAAGAUAUGUUACUGAAGGCUUUGCGUGCAGCUGUGGGACGGAAAAGGCAGCAUAAGAGAUAGCUGCUUUAUAAUCUGUAGUGAGAAUAUUUGAGAGAAUGUUCAGCAAAGGUUGUACAUGUUGUUCAGAAGUUCUACAGGACUCAUUCCAAAAUGAAAUUAUAAAGGCUAUUUCAAAAAUAUACUUAAUAGACUGGUUGAGCAACUCUUGUCCAGAAUUCUGAAAUCCCAAAUAUUCCAAAAUCCAAAACUGUCCACAUGGGUGGCUGAGACAGAGACACCUUUGCUUUCUGCUAGCUCAAGGUACACAAAUUUUGUUUAAUGCACAAAAUCAUUACAAAUAUUGUAUGAAAGUACCUAUCAUCUAUACUUUAAAACAGGCAUGAAGCAUAAAUAUGUUUUAUGUUAAACUUAGGUCCCAUCUCCAAGAUAGCUCAUAACAUAGUAUAUUCAAAUACAGGUAAAUAAAAAUCCAAAAAAAUGUGAAAUCUAAAAUGUCGCUGGUCCCAACUGAGCAAGAGUGAUCAAGAAAUGGAUACAAUUUUUCUACUCUGAAGCUGUUUGGUAAUUCUCUAAAUUAGUUAUAGCAGCAAUACACUUUUGAAUAAAAUAUUAUACAGGUAGUUGUAUAGCUCGUGGUGCAGCCAUUUUUGUUCAAUGUAUGCAUUACAUCGACAAAGAUGCAAAACUUCACUAUGGAAUGUAUGAACUUUCCCAACAGAUUUCAUAUGUUUACAUAUUGUUUCACUGUUUCUGUAUAAUUUAUGCAUGAACAACAAUUUUGCCUAUAAUUAUUUUGUUUAGUGUAACAUAAUUUUAAAAGAACAUAAACCUAGUUCUUGUUCGAUAAAUAAUGGUUCUUAUAUGUGGGAACAGGCUGCACCCAUGCUUGUGUACACACAUUCUCGUUUAUUGGAUCUAACUGGUCAUAUCUAGCAACAGUAAAUAUAUCUUGACAAAGGGGAACAUGUUGGUGUUUGCAUUCAGAUCCAGGUGCCCUCACACAAAAAGAGAACAUUACUGUGGGUCUUCACCUGGGUGGAAGGAUCAUUUGCUU